AUGACUGGCAAAUUUCUACUGGAAGCCUUGGAGGACCUCGACACAAGCCUGCGGACACUAAAUUCGAGGCUAUUCGUAGUACGAGGCCAGCACACAGAUGUCUUUCCAUUACUUUUCAAGGAGUGGAAUGUCACCCGGCUGACCUUCGAGUGUGACUCAGAGCCCUAUGGGACGGAGCGCGACGCCACCAUCCUGAAGAUGGCACAAGAGUUUGGCGUGGAGACCCGCGUCAGAAAUUCCCACACACUCUACAAACUGGCCAGGAUCAUUGAGAUGAACAACGACAUGCCCCCUCUGACCUUCAAGCGCUUCCAGGCCAUCGUCGUCCACCGGCUGGAGCUGCCCAAGAAGCCCCUCCCCACUGUCACCCGACAACAGAUGGACUGCUGCCAGACAGGUAUCGCGGCCAAUCAUGAUGAGCGUUACGGAGUGCCCUCCCUCGAUGAACUAGGUUUUAAGACUCACUGCUUUGGUCCUGCUGCGUGGAGGGGCAGGGAGACUGAGGCGGGAGGAAAGGUGAGUCACCUGAUCUGGGUGUUUGAGGAGCUGCUCCUGGAUGCAGACUGGAGUGUGAACGCAGGCAGCUGGUUGUGGCUCUCCUGCAGCUCCUUCUUCCAGCAGUUCUUCCACUGCUACUGUCCUGUGGGCUUCGGUCGGAGGACUGACCCCAGCGGAGACUACAUUAGGCGGUGA